AUCACAUCUCGCGGACGUUUUGUUAUCUUAUUUAUCGUACGAUUGUAGGAACGAACUUUUUUAAAUUUUAAAAAAAUUUUUUUAAUUUAAAGAAAAAUUUUUUUUGCUAAUAAUUUUUUUUACUUUUUUUUUAUUGAAAAAUUUUAUAGUUUGUGAGAUUUUAUGUCAAUGUUUAAAUUUCAGAAAAAAAAAUCGUUUUAUUAGUUAAUAAAAAAACAAGAAAUUGAAAAGUGUAAAGUGAAUAAAAAUAUUUGUUUGAUUGUUUUCACAGUUUGUGACAUAAUAAAAUCAGCGAAUAAACUCUCGUGUAAACAACGUUAUCUAUUUAAAAUUUUAUUUGUAAUAAUAUUGAAUUGGAUGAAAUUAAAUAUAAUGGAGAGAAAUUGGGUAAAAAUAAUAAAAAUAAACGUGGGGAGAUAAUAGUUGAAUUAUGAGCCAUCGAAAGACAUUAACCCGCUUAAUGUUGUUUGUAGUCAAUCAUCACCGUAUUUGAUCUGCUAACAAACAUCCGUGCAAAUGAGAUCGCUGUGGUUUGAUAACAAACGGGAUCGAGUAUUCAUCGGAGAUUUGCUCGGCAUGACCAUACUCCCGAAUGUAUUACCUCUUUGUUGAAUAACCAAUGGACGUAUUACGAAUUACAACUAAAGUAAUUCAUUGAACAAAUUCGAUUUAUUUGUUAUCGUUAUUAUUGAAUUAUUGUGAAGUUUUUAAAAUAUUCAUCACGAUGGAGGAUUUGAGUUUGAAUCAAAUUAAUAAAAAAUUUUUUUACUUUAUCUUCAUAACUUUUCAAUGGUAGAUACGAGAUGUACAAGUUGAGAUUCGAAGCAUCGAAAUCAAGUCGUCGAAUAAACGACGGCUGACUAUGUCGUCAGAUCAUCGUGGAUACCAUCUUCACCACCUUCACCACAAUCUCCAAUUACCCUUACAAUCAGCCAGCCAUCAGUUCAUUAAAUUAUUCAUCUUACUGCUUCUCACAUCAAUAAAUUACGCUGACUACUACAAAACUAUUAUUACACCUUCAACUACUGGUUCUACAACAGCAGCAACUAAUAAUAAUAAUAAUCCGUCUUGGAAUUCAAACAAAACCCAAUUAAUCACCAAGAACUUAAACUUGACAGACAAUUAUUACUAUAAAGCAGCUGAGAAUUCAAUAACAAUCCUUAAACGAGUUAUUAAAGACUCUUCAAAUGUCGUAAGGUAUGACAACAAUCUCCAAUCUACACUCAAGUUCACUACUAUAACUUCCACCUCAACCCCAUCUCAAGCUCAAGCUCAAGCUACAUCAGAAUGCACGUCUAUUGAUUGCGGAUAUGAUAAAUCAGCUCCAACUCUAUCUCCAACUCAAUUUCCAUUGCCAGCUUCAACUCCAAAUGAGACAAAUAAUUUAACUCUUGACCCAAAAGUACUCUCGACAAGUGAGACCGUAGCAUAUAAUGACCUGGCGACAACAAAACCCAGUUAUAAAAAUAAAAAAAAAGUAAAGUUAUCAACAAGUUUGAAUUUAGCGAGUGAUAUAGCCCGUGGUUAUCGUGACAAUGUGGGUGUUGAUGAUAAAAAUGAUACAGGGUUAGAAGAAAAAAGUUUUAAUGGCAGUAAUGAUAAAUUAGAGGUGACUAUUCUAGGGCUAUUUGAACUCUCACGUGGGAAUGAAGCACGUCCGGAGGGAUUCAGUGAAUUCCAGGCUGCUAAGCUAGCUAUCGAUCGCAUUAAUCAGAUGGAAAUGUUGGACAAAUUUCGACUGAGGCUCAUUCACAACGAUACUAAGUGUGAUCCUGGUGUAGCAGUAGAUCGUUUUUUCUACGCACUGUACACAGAAAAAAAAUCAACAGUGAUGCCAUUUCUAUUAGGAACAGCGUGCUCUGAAGUAACAGAAACUCUGGCUAAAAUAGUACCAUACUGGAACAUCGUUCAAGUGUCUUAUGGUUCAAUAGGACCCGCACUGUCAGAUCAAUUUGAAUUUCCUCUAUUUUUGCGAACUGUCGCACCAGACUCUAGUCACAACCCAGCGCGGAUUGCUCUCAUCAAGUACUUUGGAUGGGACACUGUAACAGCUUUAUCACAAAAUGGAGACAUGUACUCGCUGGCAGUUAACGAUCUUGUAACUGAAUUAGAACAGGCUAAUAUAACAUGUACAGCAACGAUAACUUUCGGCGAAAAUGAUUAUAAAGAACAACUUAAAUUACUGAAGGACUUGGACACGAGAAUAAUUAUUGGAAGUUUUUCACCAAAACUCGCACCUCUACUAUUUUGUGAAGCAUACAAAUUAGGAAUGCACGCUGGUGACUAUGCAUGGAUCUUACCAGGGGAAACAAUCGACUUAUCUGGGAUGACUGUAGAUUGGUGGCAUUCACCAGGGUCAGGUGAUUGUUCACCCUCGCAACUUACGCAGACUCUCAAUGGUCUCAUUAUUGUUAAUAGCUAUGGCACAGUUUUAACUCAAGAACUGAGCUCUUCGGGUCUGACAAGUGCUGACUUUACAUCAGAGCUAGCUAAAAGAGGUGUCACAAUGUCAAGAUUUGCUGCCCAAACAUACGACGCUGUUUGGUCGAUAGCAGUAUCGCUCUCAAAUACGGAAUUAAUAUUAAAUGAACGUAACACAAGUAUAGCUGAGUAUACACACGCACGCAAAGACAUCGCUUACGAGCUGCUGGCAGAAUUGAAAAAUCAAAAUUUUCUCGGCGUUUCAGGUCCUGUUUCUUUCGAUGGCGCUGAUCGUGUUGGCAUUACAGCAUUUUAUCAAAUGCAUAGUCACACAGUAAAAAGAAUAGCCAUAUACACGCCAGAAGAUGAUAAUUUAACUCUAGACUGUCCGGGAUGUGCCAAAGUGCGUUGGCCAGGCGGGCACCCGCCAGUCGCGCGUCGAGUAUUUCGCAUUCGGAUGAUGACAAUAGACACCGCAGCAUUUUUAACAGUAUCAUGUCUAGCAAGUGUCGGAAUGACAUUAGCGCUGUCAUUUCUCGCCUUCAAUCUUCAUUUUCGCCGACACAAGAGCAUUAAACUUUCAAGUCCGAGACUCAAUAAUAUGGCAGCAGUAGGAUGUGCUUUGGUUUAUGGAGCCGUUAUUCUUCUUGGUCUAGACCAUGCCACCCUACCUAAUGAUUAUUUUCCAACCAUAUGUACGGCGCGUGUCUAUUUAUUAUCUGCUGGUUUCUCACUAGCAUUUGGCUCAAUGUUUACGAAAACUUAUCGCGUUCAUCGGAUAUUUACCCGAAGUCGCAGUGGAGUUGUUAAGAACAAGUUACUGCAAGACACCCAACUAAUUAGUUUAAUAUGUGUGCUUUUACUGAUCGAUGGACUUGUGGUAACUCUGUGGGUGACAUUGGAUCCGAUGGAGCGAUAUCUUCGUAACCUCACGUUAGAGAUAAGCCCUCAGGAUCGUGGGGUUGUCUAUCAACCACAGGUUGAAGUAUGUCGAUCACAGCACACUAAUGGCUGGUUGGCCUCUUUGUACGCUUACAAAGGCCUUUUACUUGUAGUUGGUGUCUACAUGGCUUGGGAAACACGACACGUAAAGAUACCGGCGCUCAAUGACUCGCAAUACAUCGGUAUGAGUGUUUACUCGGUGGUUAUAACGUCAGGAAUAGUAGUAGUCCUUGCAAAUUUAAUGUCCGACCGUGCGACUUUAGCGUUUGUUACGAUCACUGCCCUAAUUCUCGCCUCGACGACAUCAACGCUUGUACUACUGUUCCUACCCCAAUUAGCAAAUAUUAUGGGUGGCGAAAGAACAGAUCCAGUUGUACAGAGUUUAGGAUUAAAAAUUGAAUGUAAUACUAGAAGAUUUGUUACUGAUGAUCGAAGAGAGCUGCAGUACAGAGUAGAAGUGCAGAAUCGUGUGUACCGUCGUGAAAUGGCACAAUUGGAAUUGGAGUUAGCGAGACUGGAAAAACAAUUAGGCCAAGAACAGAUAGAUCCCUCUCACGCCUCGUCUAGUGCAUCUAUACCCCAACGAAAUCCGAGCAUCGGAGGUGGAUUACCUUUGUUAUUGUUAAGUGUGCUUCCGCCAGUUAUUCCGCGGGCUAGUUGGCCAUCCGCGGAUUCUUCUGGCAUGCGUCGCGGAACCGUAGCAUUUAGCAGCCAGCCGGAUUUGGAACCAGGUGGACCUAGAAGAAGCUUAGCUGACAUCUACAAGCUUCAAUGGAGACGAGAGACUGAAGGACCAAAUCGAUUGGGAGUUUUUCAAAGAUUGUUUAGCCUCUUUGGCAGCCGACCUAAUAGCAGGAAAACUUCAACUGCUUCAUUUACUGGUGUAGCUUCAGCAUUGAAAGUGCACAUGGGUUACAUAGCCGGCCUAGUACCUGGCACAAAAGCCUCAUCAACCUGUCAAAUGAACAUACCCCAGGGUCUACGAACUCCUCAUCCUCACUGUGGAUCUGGGCCCAUUAUCAACAUAACUAGUGACGAGGAGAGACGUUUAAGUUUAGGGUUGAGACGUAAAGAAAGCAGCGAACCACGUGUUAAUUUCAGUUUACCUUCAAAAGCGAAUACAAGUCAGUCAUCAUCACGAGAAAAAAUUCGCGGUUCACCACGAUUUCCCCACCGCAUAAUGCCCGCAACAAGUUUGAAUACUAUUUCCGUAGAUAUUAAUGCAUCUGAACCAAUGCGUUGGCAUUCAAUGGAAGAUGCAUCACGUUCUAAAAAUACAACAAAUUUAGGACGUGAUAACAUUCAUUUAAAUAUAAAUAAAAACACAAAUACUACUAAUAAUAGUAAAAAUCUAUUGGGACAGUACAAUUACGCGGUUAAUUACGAUGUAUGGGCAACACACGAAGUUGGUAUUCCCUUAAGUGAAUUGGCAAACAGUGCAAGAGGACAACGACAACCUUACAAUGAUACAACAAAUCAACAAUCGCUAAUUAUCCCUGCGGAUUCAGAUGUCAGUGCUGAUGAUUUACUAGCUUGUGAUUUUAGCAAACUCUUUAGGGAUGACAUCGCACCAACACAAUCUAAUUAUUGUGUUAAUGAUGGUGACUGUGAAGCUGAAGAAUUUAAAAUAAAUAAUUUAUUAAAUAAUGAUAAUAAAAAGUUAUCUUUUAAUAGAGAUGUAGAGACUGUUGUUGUUGAUAUUGAAAAUACUGAUAAAUGUUCUGGAUGUAAUGAUAGUGAUACUAAGAAUGGGGAUGAGAAUCCAGAUGAAAGGGAAAAAAAUAAUGAUGCUGCCGUUCAAUCGGGACAUUGUGAUUUAUCUUUAGAUCGCAAUGACGAUACACAAUAAUUUAUUAAAUAAUUAUGAUAAUAAUUAUUUCUUACUCUGUAUACUGAUAAAAGUAUUCGUGUUCAUAUUUUUUAUUUUUUUUUUUUUACUUUUGAUUUUUUUCGGUUCAUUUUGAAAUAAAGUUUUUUAAUCUUCGGUACUCGUGUUCAGAUUUAUGAAAAUAAUUAUUAGAUCUCGUUAAUUUAAUGGAUUAAUCAAGAAAAUAAAUAUUUACGUGAUAGUAAUUUUGGACGUUAACGUAUACGUAUUUGUAAAGUAAUUUAACUUUAAAGGGACGAAUGUUGUGAUAAUUUAUUAAUUUUUUUCAUUAUUUUGGGAAUACGGAGAUGAAAUUUUAAAAAAAUUACGAUGAAAAAGACCUACGGGAACUCUUCCUAUGGACGAAAGUAGAUUGAGCUAAAGUAUAAUGACCAAAAAUUUUUGGCUGCGUAACAUUUGACCCGACGUCAUAAUACCCGGAAACCAAAAUACCCACGACAAAAUAGCCGUGAUAAAAUAAUCGCAAGCCAAAAUAUCUAUAAAUAAGAUACUAAUAGAUGUGGAAUAUCAUAAAAAAUCAAAAAGAUAAUUAAAUAAUUGUGUGAAAUUGACGAAAUGUGAUCGAAUUUAGAAAAAUAAUACACAGACUGGUAAUGGUAUUGUGCCAUUUUUCCACGGGUUUUGUGCGUGUGUAAUUACUGAAAUAUAUUAAUGCACACGUAUGCAAUAGUACAUGCCUUUUUUUCACGCGUUUUGUGUGUGUAAAUACGGAAAUAUGUAAAUGCACACGCUUGCAAUAAUUUUGUGCCCUUUUAUAGCAGAUUUUUUUUUUCGAUUAUUUUACCAUUAAGUCAUUUUUUUUUUGGAAACGUUUUGUCAUGUAGAUAUUUUGUUUAAAAAUAUUUCGUCAUGAGGAUAUUUUGUCCCGGGGAUAUUUUCUCUGGUGAUAUUAACGCGUGUCACUUCCCAACAGAACCGUGGGUAAUUCAAUUUGAGUAUAUUAUCAAGUAAUAUAUACAUUCAAAAUGAUAGAUACAUUUAUUAAUAACGUAAAAUAUUUCAAUUUGCGGGUAUUUUGUCACGGGUGUUUUAGUUUGCGGGUAUUUUGGUUUGCGGUUAUUUUGACAGUGGGUAUUUUGGCAUUCGGUCAAUUGUCGUGUUACCAAAUUUUUUUGAUCAUUUUUCUUUAAAAAAUUGAAAUAACGAUUAUAUUAAUAUUUCUGUAGAUGUAAGUGGUUACUUAUGAUUUCUAGGUAGAUUAAAUGAUUUACGGAGUAAGAGAUUAUUGUUAUAAUGUUCUAUAUAGUUUAUUUACAUGUGCCAAAUGAAAUAAGGAAUGUAUUAAUCACUAUCGGGACCAAUGGAGUAUUUUACGAAAGUAUUAACCAACGUUUCAGUAUUUAAACUGUUGGAGGAAAUCGUCUGGCAAUAAAUAUAUUAAGAAGUAAGAUAACAUAAUCACUCGCUAAAAUUUAUUUUUUAUGAGGAAUUGGCUUUAAAGUAAAAAUCGAUCUUAAAUUUUUAAAUUUUACUUUUAGUCUUGUGAUGAAUUUUAAACUCAUAAAGAAUAUAGAUAUUUUUUUCUUAAAUUAAAGUUGAAAACAUAAAAUGUUUUUGGUAAAAAAUUUUUUUAAUCAAACGGGUCUUUGGCUUUUUAUCAGUUCCCUAUAAAUUUUAUCCUAGUUGAGUUAUCUUCAGAAAGUUACUUUACACCCGUUUCUGAAAGUGUUUUGCGGCAGAUUUAUAAAAGACGGAUAAAACGUAUGUAAAGAGAGUUCUUUCCGCAGAUUUCAUGAGGAUUAUUUCUACAUAAAAAAAAUUUGAUGCUACAACAACAUUAUCACUGAUAUUAGAAUAAUAUCACGUAUAUGGAAUAUGUUUAAAAACAGCGUGAUACAAAUUUGCGAUUAGUUUUCGCGCAUGCUCAAAUACAUAAUGUGUAUCAGGUGGUAUUAUUACUGUAUAUAUUUUAGUAUCACUUUGAUCCGUGCAAAAACUUACAAAAAAUAUGUGUACGCAGUUUGCAGGAAUUUUUGAGCAUAAUGUUUAUCAAAAAUUUUAGGGAAAGAUUUGUUGCAGAUAUUCUUAAGCCAUUGUACUUUUUUUCUAGAAUCGCUCUGUGCUCAAAUGCAAUACCUAUAUAGCAGAAUAUACUAGCGGAUCCGAAUUACAGUAAAUUACCGUAUUUUACUGUUGAAUACCAUAUUUCUACAGCAACUUUGCCGCAUUUUACGGUAAUGUGCGGCAUUUUUACAGUAAUACAGUGCAAGAAUUCACUUUGACGUAAAAUGCCGUAAUUUUGCAGUAAAUCUGCACGUUUACGGUGAAAUUCCGCAACUUUACUGUAAAAUAUCGUAGAAUUACCGCAAAUUUACGGUGAAUUGCCGUAGCUUUACUGUAAAAUGACGCAAUUUACCGUAAAAUACCUCAACCUACUUUCUUAAAUUUGAAACAGUGAAAAUAGUGACUAUUCACUGUUUACUAGUGAAAAGUAUGUCACUAAUUCAAACAGUGGUAUACUUUUCACUAGCAAUAAGUGACUAUUCACUGCCAAGUAGUCAUUGUCACGUGAUUUUCAAUAAUUCGUUUUUAGACAGUAUACCGUAAAAGUACCGCAGUUUGUCGUAAAAUACCGCAUUUUUCCGUAAUUCUUCCAAGUACGGUAAUUUACUGUAUCUAGUAGAAUUACCGUAAUUCGGAUCCGCUAGGGUACAUAAUGCUAAAAACACAAAUCAAAGACUAGCAAUAAAAAUAUGCUGGUGUCUUAAGAAAUUCUGCAACAAGUAAGUCCCCGCGCGUCUUACCCGUUUCUUAGGGAAGUCAUAGAACAGAUUUACAAAAGACAUCUUAUGGACAAAAUCUUGCCUCAGACGAUACUAAGACUAAAAAUGCAAACAUGUGUUAGACAUGAUGCAAAUCCAUGUAAAACUUCUAAGAAUGCUACUAAGUAUGAACAAAAAACAACUAAAAUUUCCAAAUUAAUUAAUUUAUAGAAAAAAACUAAACAAUUUAUCGUGUCGACAUGAACUAGUGGUAAAGGUGGAUAUCAAAUUUAUACUUUUAUUAAUUUAUACAAAACUAGUUAUUCCAAUAGAUUAAAUAUUAAAGAUGAAACUUCAUCAGGCUUAGAAUCGAUUUUUACUUUUAGAGCUUCCGGUUUCCCUCAGUGGCGAAGAGAUUAUCUUAAGUCUUCAUGCAAUAAUAAAUAUACGGGAGUCAAUGGUUUGGAUUAAAAUAAAUAAUCGAAGUGGAUUAAGAAUUUAAAAAAAGUUUGAGCAAAUUUAAGAAAAUUUUUGAUUAAAAUAAAAAAAAAUAAUAAAUUAAUGUUUAAAUGGUCCUGUUAUUCAGUACCCUGGUCUAUUCUCUAGUACCUGCGUCUAAUGUUAACAAAUAAUGUCAAACAGUAUUAACACUAUCAAUAAUAUUUAUUUCUCAAAGAAUCACAAUUGCAAUAAAUUUGAAAUUUUGAACUUAAAACAAAGUGAUAAUAAUUUUUUUUUUUCCUGUGGUUUAAUGAGUGUUUACAUAUUAAGAGUAAAGUGUUUUAUAUAUUUGUGUAUAGAUGUUUUAAGAAUGAUGUCUUUUAAUUAUUAAGUCGUAACUAUUAAUUAAAUUAAUAAUUAAUUAAUCAAUCAUGUAUAUUGUUAAUAAUUGUGCAAUAACUAUAAUUAACUGAUAUUAAUUAUAUCAAU